UAAAUACCAAGCCUUUUCGGAAGCACUUCAAUUUCGAAAAAACAACAAGUGUGACCUAACGAUGUUCAAGUUUCUGUUGAUAUCGGCGUUGGUGCCGGCUCUUCUGCUCGCCCAGACUACUUUCCCCCGCGCAUGCCCCAAUGGAGCUCCCAUGCCGGCAUACGGAGAGGUCAACGGUUGUACCGCCUCACCGUGCACCAUCCCCGUCGGGGCUCCGAUAGUCGCCUUUGCCAAUGGCAUCGUUAGUGAGCAAAAUACCGACACGUUGACGGCCCACAUCUCCAUCCGUGCUGCCGGUCUCGAGAUACCGUUCCCGAUACCGGACGACCUGAAGGAUGCGUGUGAAACUGGAACAGCCCCCGGCACUUGUCCGGUUUCGAUCGGUCAGGAGUUCGAUUACACCCUGGAUUACGAGGGCGAUCCGGUUCCGAUUUCGAACGUCACCGUGCAGAUCGAGGUCGGCCUAGCCGGUGACAGCGGAGAGGAUGUAACGUGCAUUGCCUUCGAAGUUUUCAUUUCACCGGAAUAGAGUGUACUAUGUGAUAAAUGGAAAGAACAGUAUCGAAAUCUAAA